UGAUCAGCUGUGUCCAAUCACAGCUGAUCACAUGUAAAUAGGGAAAUGCCGGUUAUCGGCAUUUCUCUCCUCACCAGCUAGGGGACAUGUGCACUGAUCAUCAGGGCACUGAUGAUCAGUGUGCCCUGAUGAUCUGUGUAACCCCAGCAGUGCCAGCUGUCAGUGCUCAUCCAUGCCACCUGCCAGUGCCCAUCAGUGCCACAUAAAUGCCACAUUUCAGUGCCUACCAGUGCACAUCAAUGCCACAUAUCAGUGCCCAUCUGAGCUGCCUUUCAGUGUCACCCAUCAGUGCCACCUAUCAAUGCCAGUCAGUGCCACCUAUCAGUGCUGCCAAUCAGUGCCACCUAUCAGUGUGCAUCAGUGCUGCCUACCAGUGCCCAUCAGUGCUGCCUAUCAGUGCUGCCUAACAGUGCCAGUCAGUGCCGCCUAACAGUGCC